AUGACCGAUUUCGCGUCAGAGGUACACGUUGACGAUUCAGAACCGUGGCACGUGUAUCUAAAUAAAAAUCCUCCCAACACGCAUCAUUUGUUGCAAACGCUGACGCACGAGAUUGGCCACGCUUUGGGUCUACAACACAGCAUGCGCAACGACUCGAUAAUGUUUCCAUAUAUAUCCGAUAUCGAGAAUCAAUUUCCAGUUAAGUUGAUCAUAGAUGAUAUUCUGGCUAUACAGAAUCUGUACGGGUCUUACGACGACGGAAACUAUCCAACGGCGACUCCCGCGACUACCGCGGCGCCCGCUACGACGAGUGUCGCGUCAAUUGACCCCGCGCGCGCGGAUCUCUGCGCUUUACGGCGCGUGGACGCCGCGCUGAUAAUGAAUCACCGAUUAUAUAUAGCUAAUCGCCGUAAUGUGUGGUCAAUCGACGUAAUUGAGAAACGCUACUGUAGGCCCAUGACGCUCACGGAUUACGCGGCGUUUCUCCCAGCGAAUUUCACGCGCCUAUCCGCCGCGUAUCGAAGACCCUCGGGCGAUCUCGCGCUAUUCGCGGACGAGUCGAUCUACCUCGCGGAAUAUCCCAGCCUUAAGCUAAAAUCGGCUCCUUAA